AUGGUACACGUUGUUCCAGUUCUAGGUACAUUUCUGGCAACUGCUGCAUUGACACUUGCAAAGGCACUGUCUACGCCUCAUCUGUUCAGCCGUGAUGAUGUAGAUAUAUCUUGUGCCUUCCCUCGCCAUAACCCAACUCAAGACUUUUAUCGUCGGGGGCUUGAGCAGUAUUGUCAUAAUUAUUUCCUCAACGGCGUUCAGCUGAAGAAUGGAGAGGAGCUGGUUGUAACUAUGACACUCGAAGAUGGUGUUGGUUGUCGUAUUGAUUGGAUCUACAAGAUGCGUUGGGAAGAUAAAAAAGGGGCUGACCCAGUUGACAUCAGCCAUAGUAAGUGCGUUGAGGAGUUUGAGAAGUUUUUGAGUGAUACCACAUGUCCAGAUGGUCAAAUAAAGAUCAUAAUGCCUGGCAAACAUGAUGUCAGUAUCGAAAACAAGCCUGGUGCUAUACUGUGGGUUGAAACAAGGCAGAGGAAGUACGAUAAGAAUCCGACUCAAUGCAGAUACGACUAA